CUACAACUUUUGCUCGCAUCCCGCGUCCCGCCUGCAGAAAACCUCUCCGGCCGGAGCGCGUCGGCGGCCUCCGGGGCUGUCCCUGCGCCCGCUGCGGCCGUGGGUCUGCGAGGACCCGUGCUCAGGGUCAGGCCUGUGGACAGUGUGACAGGUUCUUUCUUCCUUUUUCAUGUAUAUUAUAAUACUGGCUACUUUAAUCAUUGAACGAAUUAAACUGAUCUCCUGCAAACAUGGCAGACGAGGACCUUAUCUUUCGUAUGGAAGGUAUUGAUAAUAGCAGACUGACUAAAGCUGUCUCUGGAAGUUAUACUGAUGGUGAUAGUGAGGAUGAAGAUAGUUAUUACAUCUGCCCUAUAACAGAUGACCCAAUAUCUAACAAAGCUAUCAACAACAAAGUUGACAACUACUACAGCAACUUAGCAAAAAAUGAACAGUACAGCUGCAGCUCUUCUCCUAGAAAUUCAUUCCAUUUUAAGAGUGACACACAGCAACGUUCUAAGCAUGGCUCUAUGGUUGACCAUAGUCGGGAAACCUGGAAACAUGCCAUUGAGAAAGCUAAGCACAUGCCUGAUCCUUGGGCAGAAUUUCAUCUUGAGGACAUUGAAACAGAAUAUGCCACUCGUUACAGAUACAACGUGGUUACCGGAGACUGGGUCAAAGAUGAAGUUCUAAUCAAAAUGGCUGCACAACCCUUUGGUCGUGGAGCAAUGCGAGAGUGUUUCAGAACGAAAAAGCUGUCCAAUUUUUUGCACACUCAGAACUGGAAAGGUGCCUUCAACUAUGUUGCCAAGCGAUACAUAGAGACCGUUGACAGGGACGUAUACUUUGAGGAUGUCCGACUUCAAAUGGAAGCAAAACUCUGGGGAGAGGAGUAUAACCGGCACAAACCACCGAAACAGGUGGAUAUUGUACAGACCUGCAUUAUUGAAAUGAAGAACAGGCCUGGAAAGCCCCUCUUUCAUCUGGAACACUACAUAGAGGGCAAAUAUAUCAAAUACAACUCCAACUCUGGUUUUGUACGGGACGACAACAUUCGUCUUACCCCACAAGCCUUUAGCCACUUCACAUUUGAGCGUUCAGGACACCAGCUUAUUGUUGUUGAUAUCCAAGGAGUUGGAGACCUGUACACAGACCCUCAGAUCCACACAGAGAGUGGUGCAGACUUUGGCGAUGGCAACCUUGGUGUACGGGGUAUGGCCUUAUUCUUUCAUUCUCACUCCUGCAACAAGAUUUGCAAAAGUAUGGGACUUGCACCUUUUGAUCUUUCAUCCAAAGAGAAAGACGCCUUGGAUCACAGUAACAAGCUGCUUGAAUCUGCUCAGACAGUUGUACGUGGCACAGAGGAAAAAUGUGGCAGCAACCGGGUGAGGACGAUCUCUGGUAGUCGGCCUCCUUUGCUUUUCCGUUUGUCUGAAAACUCUGGAGAUGAGAGCAUGAGCGACAUGGCAUUUGACUCCUUACCCUGUUCUCCUUCCUCAGCAACACCUCACAGCCAAAAAAUGGACAUGCUCCAUUGGCCUGUGUUCAAUGACGUGGAUAAUUUGGUUCACAAAGACCAUGAUCACCUUGAUAACCAAAAGGACUUUGAAAAUGGUGGGGACAGUGGCUAUCCCAGUGAAAAGAGAAGUGAGCUAGAAGAAAUGGAUCAUCGAGAAAAGGGCCAUUCAAACUACCACCGAAGACAGGAAUCUGAUGAAGACAGUUUGGGAAGUUCUGCAAGGGUUAGUGUAGAGAAAUGGAAUCUCUACAACUCUUCCAGAGUCCACAUCCAUAGACCAUCCUGUGUCGCUGAGGAAAUUCAACGACUCAAUGCACUUCAACUUGAAAAGAAAAUUGGGAAAUCCAUCCUGGGGAAGGUUCACUUGGCCAUGGUCCGCUACCAUGAAGCUGGACGAUUCUGUGAGAAGGAUAAGGACUGGGAUCAGAAAACUGCUCUCUUUCACCUGGAGCAUGCUGCAGAUUGUGGGGAGCUGGAAGCCAUCGUUGGGUUAGGACUCAUGUAUUCCCAGCUGCCACAUCACAUUCUUUCAGAAGUCACUUUAGAGGACACAAAGGAAAACAGAACAAAAGGAUUUGAUUAUUUACUAAGGGCUGCAGAAGCUGGAGACCGGCCUUCCAUGAUUCUGGUAGCAAGAGCAUACGACACGGGUAUAAAUCUUGGUGCAGACAGAGUACAAGACUGGAAGGAAGCCCUUCACUGGUAUAAUGCUGCACUCAACAUGACUGACUACGAUGAAGGGGGUGAAUACGAUGGAACUCAAGAUGAGCCCCGAUACCUGCUCCUGGCGAGGGAAGCUGAGAUGUUAAUGACAGGACAGUUCAAUCUGGACAAGGAUCCACAAAGAUCAGGUGACUUGUACACAGAAGCCGCAGAAGCAGCGAUGGAAGCCAUGAAGGGUAGACUGGCAAAUCAAUACUACCAGAAAGCUGAAGAAGCUUGGGCACUGAUGGAGGAGUAAAACGUCAAACAAGGCAGCUCUUGUACAUAAAAAUAAUCUUUUUUAUCAACUUUGUUUGCAAAAACAAUGUGUUUUUAUGUGUUGUUUAUGGAUCUGUGUUUUUUGCAUUUUAAUUUUUUAACUUUAUCCUGAGGGGGAAAAAUUAGCCAAAUGUAGGUUUGUACAUUUGGGGGUGCUGUUGUGUACUUUUACCUGCAUUUCAGAGCUACCGUAUCUAGGAGCUUGACCUUUUAUAUUUUUUUUUUACUCUUAGGCCUGAGGGAUCCUUAUUUUGUUUGAGAAAAAUGAAGCUGAUGUUAAUUUAAGGUGCACAUUUUUUUGUUUUAUGCAGUUUAUUCCUAUAUUUAUUACUAUAUUAUGUCUCCUUUCCACAAAAAAAAUCACAUUUCUAAAUCCCAAGCACUUUUUACCAUUAUCUGGUGCAUCUCAAAGCAAAUCUCAAUUUUUGUCAACAAACCUCAAGAAUCCCCCUUUCUGAACAUGUGGAAUAGACCCAAGAACUGAAUUCCAUUAGUCAUGCUCCUUAAAUGCAGUUCUGAUCUGUGAAAAUGGCAUAUGGAUGCUGUUUGUUCUUCCCAAAGGGAUUCAAGAACUAUCUUUUUAUUUCUAAAUUGGUAAGAUUUGUUUCUUCUGAAAGUCGAUGGUUUCCUGGUGUCUCGCUCAUCAUUAACAAUGCUGUUCUGCUGCCAAAACGUUAUUAAUUCUCUGGAUGAGGCAGAAGCUGAAGUGAAAUCCUGCAGUCCCACCCAAACCUAUAUGCCCUCUUGAAAGGAGUAAAAACUUGAAUCAGUCAACACAAUAUAACCCCAAAUAUACCCAGAGAACAGGCCUACCAAAUAGAAAGGUGCCAUUUUUACAGAGCAGAACCACACUUUAAAAUGAAUAUGAUAGAAUCUUAGUUCUAUUAAUAUCGGUGGCCAAAUCCCAUUAAUUUUGAGAAGGCCACAAUUUUGUCCAUAGGAAAUAGAGAUUUUUUUCCCAACAUUUUCUGUUUUCUCUUCUUAUUCUAAUACAGUAAGUGUAGUUGCAUAGAAUCCUAUUAGAUUCUUACAAUACGCUUCCAAUAGCAUAAAGUAACAAAGUCUGUAUCAUAUUGAUUUCUUGUUAUUAGUUAUUGUUACAGUGACAUCUCCAUUCCCAGUGCAGCUUGAUUGUCUUACUUCAGUAUUAAGAAAUAGUUGAGAAGGGUAUUUCUGUAGAGGGACAUUUAGAGAGGUUAUAGAAAUUGAGAUGCAAAUACUUUUACUACCUCUCCAUACUAAAACAACUUCAUGCUUGACACUCAUGUGCUAGAUACUGUAGGAGAGGUUUGAGCUGUUCAUUGAAGAGUGCAUUCAGUCUCAGUAAAUUCCAGAUUGUGCUUAAUAAUAGUUUACUAAAUACUGUCCAUAAAGGUACGAAGCUCAUUGUCUGUGGUAAUGAGUCGCAUUCUCAAAUUCUGCAGUGGAACCUGGCCACCUGUUGCAGUUUACAGCAUCAUCUCAAAAAGAACCUUUGUUUUUCAUGUAAAACAGAGAACUUUUUAAAAAUCUCGUUCCUGUUUAUUGUAGAAAAGCAUAUUUGUCUCCCAGUUGCAAGAAAAAUGCAUACUGUCCCUGAGCACUAGUUUUUGUGUCCUGUUUACAUAAUCCCCAGAUAGUAAUGGGAGCACGAGAGUAUUUCAGCAGUAGCAGUAUAAAAAUAGCAUGAAAUGGAAUCUUAUUUUGAGUUCAGAGUUGUAUUUCUAGACUCCAGUGGCACCUGAAAAACACCUGGUUCUGUUUCUUUCUCUUGUUUAUCUGUAGUUCUGAUUUUGAACUGUUUAAGACUGACUCACUGCUUAGUAUCCCCAUGACCCUUUAAUGAUCUCCUAAGUGGGUAGGUUAAUGCACAUACAGAAAGAAAGAGGGGGGAGGGUAUCACUGUUAAGGUUGGUAUGUGUUAAAUCACGUUCAUUGCUCUUCCUCGUUUUUAGACCCUGAAUGGGCUUAGGCAAGAGCUAGGCACAGACCUGCUAAGCAUCGUCAAAAUGGGGCACUCUCCUGCAAGAGCAGUGAUAGAAUUUCCAGGUAUCUCAGCAAUUCUAGAGUUACCAGCUGUGAUACCCCAAGUGUUGAGGCAUCUCCAGGGUUAGGAAGUAGUGGAGCAGGGUUUUUCAGUGCGACAAAUUUGGACUCUGGUAUGUAAAAUGCAUCUAAGUUCCACUUUCAGUGCCUAACCGCUUUCAGGUUCUGGUCCUUUGUUCCCUCCUGCUGGGAAGCAGGGUCAGUAGUAAAAUGCUGGCUCUCCCUGACAGGCAGUGGUACCCUUUGAUUCUGAAGAUGAUGCAACAGUGACACAAAAAAAGAUUUAAAAAAUGUGCAUAAGUAGCACACUGUAGACACUUACAUAAGUAAUAAGUACAUAGUACAGAUAGAGAAUGUAUGUUUUCAUGUACAGGUAAUCAAUGUGUUUUUUUUUCUUUUAAAAAAAUAAUCAUUUAACUGGCACACCAGCCCUGUAUGGGGAGGGGAGGAGGCUCAGGUGUGUAAGUCCAAAAUAAAAAGAUAGGCUCAAGAGUGUCAUAAUUAAUGCUUUUUGGCACACAGCUGAAUUCUGUAAUUUCUUCAUGGAGCUAAGAUGGAGCUAGAUGUACCACAUUGUGGACAAGAUGUUGCAAUUGGUAAUAGUUUGUCUUCAAAAUACUACUUUUUUUUAGUGAUUUAGACUGUUUCCUAGCUCAUGAUUAGUUAUAUAGCUGUGCAAUAGACAAGACUGUCAAUGAUUUUUAAAUGAAAUGUAUGUUUACAGAAAUAUGCACAACUUAUUUUAUGAAAUUCCUAUAAAGAGAAAAAUGUAUGUAUUUGAAAGACUUUUUGGAAUGACCUGGCCACAGGCUGUAUUUUUAAUCUAUUCACAGUGAACAAAUAAAAUAUAUUUUUUAAAAAAUGUGAAAAAAAUAUUUGAGGCCUAGUCCUGCAGAAAAGCUUCCGUUGACUUCAGCAGUAGCAUCACCUGAGUCACAGCAGCAGGAGCAGAGACCUUUGCAUGUAAGAAAUGCUCAUUUUGAUUGCUUGCUUCACUUACUCAUGAUUUAGUUCCUCUGGUUUUAUUUUGCUUGGUCAAAUAAAGUUAUUCCUUUUGUCA